AUGCCCAGCUUAGAUAAUAGCAACGAGUCUACUAAUAUCGAUAUUGAUGAAGUCGAAGAAGACUCCGAUGAGGAACCGUUGCAUUCUUCAAUUCCUCCACGAGAGAUUCCCAGUUGGAAUACCACCAGAAGGCCAUUGUCUGAAGCCCAGCAACUGAAAUUUAGGACAUAUCUCGACGAGGAGCUAAUGCGAAUCAAUGGGAAAUAUAUACACAGACUGAAUGAGCCAUCCAGAGGAUAUGCAUCGUUGAAAGAAUUGAUCGAUGACCUUGAAAAAGUAGUUGACUUGGUUUGGUACUCGAUUACCACCACCACCAAUGCACCUGAUACGAAUUCUCACACAAGCUAUCAAACUUAUUACCUCCUUCGAAUAGCAGACGAUUUUGUGGACUAUAUAGAAGGAUACGAAUCUGACCCUUCUCCAGUAGAGAUGAUUCAAUUUGUUCAAAAACUUGAUGCAAUAUUUACCAGAUUACUGGAUCCUCAAGCACCGACCAGGCUAACUAGAACUGACGCAGUUCGGUUGACAAGUAUUGCCGAACGAACCCGUAUCCAAAUAGCUAAAAGUGUGGUAAGAGGUUACGAGAUGGAAAUAAGCCAGAUUUACUCAUCUGUCCUGAGUCAGCCUUAA